GUCAGAGAGGUGUUUUGAACUUGGUGAUAAUGUGGUAAAGAAAUAAUUUUGUUUUGAUGUAAUUUCUUUGCUAUUUACGAUAUUUUUAGUGCUGUCUCUUCUUAAGAAGGAACUGAUAACUUAAGUCAUGGAGGAUUACAUUGAUAGUGGAAACAACGACCCUUACAAUAAUGAAAGUGUGGCAGAAGACACUGAAGAGGAGGAAGGCUCGGGAGAAUUUCACCCCCAGAAUGAAGCAGAACAGAACAGUAAUCAUGGUGGUGGAUCAAGAACUUUGCCAUCCGUGGAGCCUCAAGUCUUACAGCCCGACAAUCCCCUCAUGGAGCGUUUCCAAAAUGCACUCCAAACACACUUGUUGAAUCAGAGAAAAAAACUUGAUGAGGAAAUUUUGGGUCUUAAAAUAAAUCUGAAAGAUGACACUAAAUCAUACCAAACAAGUAUUGAAGUCAGAGACUUGGAACAACAAGCUGUUCUUCGCCAGAAUAUUUCAAUGGAGAAAGAGAGGGAGACGACGGAGAAAGUAAUAACUGAUAGAGAGAAAAUUGAAACUGAUCUGCAGCGACAAAUUGAUAAGUGCAAGGAGACUUCUAUUCACCUAUCUAGUAAAAUAAACAAAGAAGAGGAACUACGUUUGGAAAAAGAGUCUUUGGCAGCACUUAUCACACAGUUCUCGGAAUGGGAACAAAGUCAAAAUUCAGAAAUAACCAUAGCGCAACGGAUAUCAGAGAAAACCCAAACAAACAAACAUGUCUAUACUCAAGAGAAAAUUUAUCAGGAUUUGCUCCUUGUAUCGCUCACUUCUGAAGUUUUAAAACUUUCGACCAAAUUCGGGGAGUUGGAAAAAAACAUAAAACAAAAACAGUCGGAGGUGGAAGUGAUGUCUCAGUCAGUCGCUGAUGGGAACGCUGACUUGGAAGGUCUGGAGAGGGAGAAUAAGCGGCUUAUGCAGAUCUGGAAUCAUGUGAUCCAGCAGAUUCAACAGAGAGAUCGGAUAAUGGUGGAUAUAAAGGCACAGCUGCUCACAUCGCAAGAGCAGUACAGCCGACUGGUGUGCCAGGUGGAGAGUUAUAAACGCUCUAGUGGCGGAGAGAUAAAGAAGAACGAGACAUUGACUCACACACUGGUCAGACUGGAGGGGGACAGGGAGAUGUUGGAGCGAGUAAACGCAGCGGAGGAGCAGAAACAACGGAAAAUGCGGGAGAACCUGGUGCAGGUGGCCAACAUGGUCGAGCUCACCCAACGGGAUGUCAACGUCAUUGCUGCCGACACAAAAGAAAAAGAAGUGAAAUUCAAUAAUAUACAGAUUGAAAUCGACAAACUGAUGCAAAUCAAAUAUCAAUUAGAAGAGCAAAUGUUGAAGAAGUUGCAUCACCAAGUGGUUCUGAGCAAAGCGGAGAAACAAAGCGCAAAAAAGAUCAACAGUCACCGCGCCAACGCUCGGAAACUGGAAUCACAGUUGGCAGGCGCUCAAAAUGAACUUGCUAAAGUGCUUCUUUUAAUCGAGCAAGAGAAUAAACUUAUUAAAGAGAAUACUUUAAUAUUGGACCAAGAGAAGCAAGAUGAUAUCAAAAGGGAUAGAGAACUGAAGGAGUCAGAGAUGGGGCUGAAACGUCUUUAUACAUUGAUUGGUCGGAAACGCAGCUACAACGACACGAUUAACAUUCGUCUUGUUGAACUUUCACAGAAAACACCGGCGGAGAACUUGACUCCAGACGAGCUGCAGCUGGUGUGUCUAGAGAAGACGCUGACAGAGUUGGUCAACAACAUUGAGGAGCUUCACACGUCCUGGAUGAGGGAGCAGAGUCGGAUCGUAGCUCUCACUCAACAACGGAACAAUCUACUUAAUCAGCUCACCAUCUACCAUAAACAAAUACUGGUGAUGAAACAAAAACAGUUGAAGACUGAAUUUGAGAUCGAGCAUUUGAAGAAAGAGGAGACAAACAUGAAGAGACUGAUUGGUUCGCUGGAAAAACGACUCACAAACUUGAACCUGCAGUGCAGCCAACGUAAGGACUACAAGGAGAGCCUAGACAAUCAGAAUAUGGUGGCUCAGAACCAGCUUAUCUGUGAUUUGAAGGAUGCUGAAGUUAGAGCUCUGACUCUCCAAGAGGAGAUGUGCUAUCUGGAGAUUGACAAGGAGGAGAUGAGAGGUCGCAUCGUGGAGGCUCAGCGAGAUCUGCUGGCGUGGGAGAGAAAACUACAGAUGGCGACAGAAGUCAAGUGUAGCAUAGACAAGGCACGAGCCGAUGGAGGAGAGAUUGCUGUGAUGAAGUCAGAAAUACACCGCAUGGAGGUUCGCUACGCACAAUUGCAAAAAGUGCAAGAAAAGCUGGCACACGACAUGGAAAUGUGCAUCUCCAGGCGAGAUGGAAUCGUAGAACUUGCCCAAGCUCGGGAGAAACGCAGUACCAGAAGAGCACUUUACACUCGCCAACAGUUCCAAAAGAAGUUGGACGAUCUACAGACCAAGAUAAAACAAACUAACUCUGAGUUGAAGUCAGUCAAUAAGUCUAUUGGUACUUCAGAAGAACACCUGACCGGUCUUGCCGAGAGAGAGGAUAUGAAGAAGAAUCAGCUGGCAGAGUUACAAACAGCUGUGGCUCAGAUGCAGGCACAACUGGCCGAGGGACAGCUGCAUAGACAAAAGAACCUGGAGAUGCUUGUACGGAAGCAGAGGAAGGCAAGGCAGUACGGAGAACUCAAAGCCGGCCGAUACAGUCUGCAACACAGACAAGAGAGUGCUUUGGAAUUGGAAACACAGAAGCAAAAAGCUGUCAACUCCGAUUUGGUUUCCAUCGUGGAAUCCCUCAAUACGGAUUUUCCCAUCUUGGACAAUCCGAUGAUGCAAAUCCUGAAUACACUCCGAUCCCCAGCUGCUUAGCCCUUUAAAAUCAAAGGAACUACCUUUUUGCUCAAAGGAAACAGAGGUUUUUGUGUGUCCAGUUUUUAUAAAAGUAAUCAUCUAUGACUAAAUUAUGAAUAUACUUUUUAUA